AUGACCAUUACCGCUACCGAACAGGCGAUCCCCCAACCGAACGCGGACGGACACGCUAUGCAGGACUAUCUCGAAUUCCUCAACAGAUAUGUAACGGAAACCCGGAAGAUCAAGGGCUUAUGCUUCCAUCCAAACCCAGUCAGCUACCUCGAUGGACCAGACAAGGAGAAGUGGAAGGACAGCCCAGGAGCCCCUGAUUGGGACUGCUACGAUGUUCUCUCUAAGUUCCAGAAGGACAAGGACUGUCAUUUCUAUGCUGCCUUCUUUACGAGUCCUAUGGAUAAUGCGACUUCCGGCCAACAACAAUACCGCUACCACGCAUGGGCGGGAAUCAUCGCAAAGCACGAGGACCGCAAGAAUCGCAUACUAAUCUACGAUAUUGACCCCAACAACCCCUACAUUAAGGAAGGUGAGAAGGGUAUCUGGCACACCGAAAGGAAGGUUAAGGCUCUUAACCAGAGACAGAGGGACUGGAUUGUUAAGAUGAAGAUGGAAAACGCGGACGUCUACGUCCGUCCUACUGAAGGUUUGGGAGGACAAGCAAUGUGUAUUCCGUGGACGUUCGAAUUCUUGCGAAGCUUCGCCGGUCUAAGCCUGAACAACAAGGCAGGAGGAGGACAAGGACAGAAGACUGAGAUCGACAAGCUCACAGAUGAGGACAUCCGGUUUAGGUUCUUGGACCACGAAUGGAUUUUAUUGGAGAAGAAAUAA